GACUAAGAAAAUCAUAAUAUUCACAUUCGUGAGACUGCAUAUUAAACACACAAUUGCUUGCAUGAUUUUACACAUCGACACCACGAGAAAACAUCAUAAAUAAAACUAGAAGAAUCGAGGAGUCAAAGCUGGAGAGGAAAGCAUGGAGUAUUUCAUGGUACCAGCUCAGAAGGUGCCCUCCUUGCAACAUUUUAGAAAAACGGAGAAAGAAGUCAUAGGGGGGUUGUGUAGCUUGGCAAACAUCCCCCUUACACCUGAGACAGCGCGGGACCAGGAGCGGCGCAUACGCAGAGAGAUCGCCAACAGCAACGAACGGCGGCGCAUGCAGAGCAUCAACGCUGGCUUUCAGUCACUCAAAACACUCAUACCGCAUAGUGAUGGAGAGAAACUGAGCAAGGCUGCCAUCUUACAGCAGACGGCUGAGUACAUCUUCUCCCUGGAGCAGGAAAAGACACGGUUACUGCAGCAGAACACCCAGCUCAAACGCUUUAUCCAGGAGUUCAGCGGCUCCUCUCCGAAAAGGAGGCGCGUAGAGGAGAAAGAUGAAGGAAUCGGGUCUCCAGACAUCCUGGAGGAAGAGAAAGUGGAGGAUUUACGGCGAGAGAUGAUUGAACUGAGGCAGCAGUUAGAUAAGGAGCGCUCAGUCCGCAUGAUGCUGGAAGAACAGAUUCGUUCUCUUGAUGCUCACCUAUACCCUGAGAAGCUGAAAGUGAUUGCCCAGCAGGUGCAAGAGCAGCAUGUUCAGACACAAACACUGCUCCGCCUGCAACAGCAGCAGCAGCAGCAGCAUGAGCAUGAGCAGCUGGAGAGAGAGACAACCCCGCCCCCUGCCCCAACUCACCACGCUACAGUUAUUGUUCCUGCCCCAGCGUUGCCACCCCCUCCACACCACGUCACCGUGGUAACCAUGGGCCCAUCAUCUGUCAUCAACACAGCAUCGACAUCACGACAGAACUUGGACACCAUCGUGCAGGCCAUCCAGCACAUCGAAGGCACACAGGAGAAGAUGGGCGUGCCCGAGGAGGAACAGCGUCGGGCCGUCAUCGUCACCCCGGGCCGCGUCCAGACAGACACCGCCGAUUCCGACACAGCCUCCGACACCGAGGGGCUAGAGGACUGUUAACUGCCCCCAUCUCUCCUUCUCAGCAACAGGGCAUGGGGAGCGGGUCACAGGAAGGGGCUUCCAUAGACACUCUCCCUGUCUU